UUUCCCAUUGAACACAAGUAUAAUAAGUAAAUGUUGUUACAAACAAUAUUGAAAAAUAAGCAGUAGACAGUAAAUAUAUAAUAUUUCUCUAUUAACAGAACAUCGAUCGGUUCAAACAGAGAAUGUUAUUAAAUACUGCUGAGUGGACACAAUAAUUUCAUACUAAAUACAUAAAAAUUAUUGUUUUGUUUAUAUAGACAGGACUAUGUAUCAAGCUUGUAAUAAUGGUGAAGAUGAUUUUGAACCAAGAGCUACUCCGAAACCGGCUUCAAAGUUUGAUUGUUUUUCACUGCCAUCAGUUCCCGAAGUCUCUUUAAUAUUUGAUAAACCUUUAAGUUGCAAAGCUGUAGAUUAUAAAGGAUUUCGUUCACCAUCUGUAGAACCUAGACCUUCAAAACACAAAAAUAAUGUCUUGUCUCCUUUGAAUACCAAUGGAUCUUAUGCAGCAUGGAAAGAACAAAACUAUUCAUACAAGCCAUCAACUUCUAAAGUCAAUGACUGCCCAACUCCUCCAAAAAUACAAUACAAUCAGAAUUAUAAUGCAGAAUUUUAUGCAUCGGAAAAUGCACCAAAGGAGUCGAAAGGAAAAAACUCUUCUUUGAGAAAAGAUUAUUAUAAUAGUCCAAAGUAUCAAGAACAACAAAUAUAUAGAGAAAGUAAUGAUAAGUUGUAUAGACAUAAUUAUAAAAUAUGUGAGGAUGAUUUGGUUUGUGUUGAAAAGAAACAACAUCUGAGAACACAGUGCAUUAAUACAACAAAGCACAUAGACUCUGUGUGUAAUGUACCACAUGUUAAAGCAUGUGUAAAUAAUUAUGAUGUCAAUGACAAAGAGUUUUCUCCAUUAGUAUAUAAAAGACAAUUAGUGACACGUAAUCUUGAACAGCAAAAAGUACCACUUAAUGAUGCAGGCAAUGAUUCUAUUGUUCACAAUCUACCUAUUAAUUCAAAUAGUCUACAAAGGACUGAAUUUCCAUUACCACAUUACCUUGGACAGCAGUAUCCCUAUUAUAGUGCAAAUACAUUUCCUUUUCCACAACAUCAUCCUUAUUCUGCUCAUAAUACCGAGAGUCAAGAGACUGUGAAAAAUUUAUUACAGAUCAUAAAUAGUCAGAAUGAGCAAAUUAAGUCUUUACAAACACAAGUUGAUAGAUUAUUGAAAAUGCAGGAAGAAAGUUUGAAGGAAAAGAAAAGUUGUUCUUGUUUGAAACAACAACAACAAAGUGAUCGUUUACUUAAAAAUAAUGAUGAAACUCUGGAUUCAUCUAACUAUGUUAGAGUUCCACACAGUACAAAAAGACAUCCGUAUCAGUAUGAACCUGCUAAAAAUACAGAAAUGGAUAAUUGUAAUAAUAAUGAAAAUGUUAAUCAAACUGAAUUGAUAUUAACAGAAACACAAUCAAGACCAACUUUUAUGGAACAAAAAGUAUCAAUUGGUGUAAUGACAAGCUUUGAAUUCACUGUACAGAAUAGUCCUUUCUCUGUGGAUAUAGAGGACUAUGAGAGAAAUGAGAGUCAAUCAGAAAAAGGAAAUUUAAAAAUAUCUAAUAACGUUGGUGUGCGUGACACUGAUGUGAAUCAUGAACCAUUGAGAAGAUAUAAAAAUUCUUUCAAUCGAAUACCUAGUGCACAAUUAGAAAAUAUAGUUGAAGACUCAGAGAGUUAUAUGUCAUCUAGUCAACAGCAAAGUAGUAAUUUAAAUGCAAGUAUUUCUUUAAAAGAUUUAGAGAAACAGGCUUAUAUAGAUGCACGAAGAGACGUAGAUACGUGUAGAUCAGAAUCUCCUAAACAAUGUAAAGGUGCAACUGUAAAAAUGAAUCAUAUUCAAAAUACACAAAAGCAUUUAGAAAGAAGUAAUAAGGAAGAAACAACAAAUUACGUAAUCGUAGAAACGCCAAUGCCACAAAAGAAUACUGUAGAAUAUAAUUCUUUAGGAAAAAGUAAUCGUAAGAUAAAUAUUCCAUCCAGUACAGAUCAAUAUAAUAAGUUACAUACGCAUAGAGAUAACGAAUCGGCAACAGCAAGUAAUUCUGUGAAUAGAUCAACUGAUUAUUAUGAGAAUUAUAGAAAAGAAGGGCAGGUUGCUGCUAAACGCGGCAGCUGUAUCGAAGACAGUAUGAUUUUAAAUGGUGGUGAUUUAAAGAUAAAUGAAAGGCCACCAACUCCGGAACCUAGUAUUCAUGUUGAAAUGCAGGAGUAUUCCAGUGACGACGAUAGCGAGAAAGUUAAACGUAGCUCUAAAGUGGGCUGGACAUUCUACAAUAAUGUUCUCGGACAAGUGAAUCAAUUAUUGCAGAAUUCCUGUGUAACAGAUGAUCAGCAACAAGAUCAGAGAAAAGUAAACCAGAACAAUCGAGAUGAGACUGAAAACAGAGCAUUAGAUAGUGUGAAAGUUGCUACAUUAGAACAACUUAAAAAACUUGGAAUUAGUUUAAGCGAAAAUCCAGAACAUAAAGAAUCGAAUAAUAGUAAUAAGACGACAUUUGAUUCAUCAUUCUAUCCACGUUUGGAUUAUCAAGCAAACAUGACACAGGCUACAAGUGCUGUAAAUGAAACGAAUACAAGUAUGCAUAUGAAGGCAUUGGCUUUGAAGUAUUUAACUGAUGAACAGCUUUCUGAAUUAGCUGUGCAAAGACAAGGUUCAGCAUCAGUAAAACAUCUUAUGCUUAGCAAUGUACAAGGAACAAAUAUGUCUUUUGCUACAAUGCGUUACUUGGAACGAUAUCAAUUACUUCCAGGAAAGAAUAAUGUUCAAACAGAAGAUACCGGUAAAGUACAAGCUGAGGUGUUUCCAAAAGGUGAUAUGAAAUUUACAAAUGCAAAAAAAGGUCCUACAUUACAGCGUUUUCCUUUUACUCAGACACCGAGAACCACUUGUCCCAGUAAGAUUCUAGACAUUUCAACUUUGAAGCAGCAGCCAAAACUCUUAUAA